UUGUUUGUCCACGGGCAGCGCUCAGCUGCUGAGGCUGGGUGAGCUGCAGCAUCUCUCGGAGCUGCUCACAGGCAGUUGCACUCGCUGGAAGCUGAGACGUUUGUCAGGAGCUCGAUCAAGCUUCCAGGGAUGUCAUUUUAAGAGGGUCCAUAACAAACAGAAUAUACUGUUCCCAUCAGGCUAGUGAUAAUGUCCUUGCCUUGACAACAAUCUGCAGCCGUAAAGCGAGUUUAAUUCUCUGACAAGAAGAUUGGCGACAGCUAUUGUUUACUGUAAUAUAUGGGCUUCUUCCCUGAAAACCCUGGAGGUGGCAUUUGUGUGGUCUGUUUGUAAAUAAUGAGAUAGACCACAAUGGAUUUCAGUUCCUCAUCAGUGUUUGAUCAACACAAAGGUGAUGCAGCAGAAGAGAUUGACUUGACUGUGGUUUACCAAGCAGCAGCUAACGGCGAUGUGAACACACUAACUGCAGUGAUUCGAGAAGAUCCUUCCAUCCUGGAGUGCUGUGACAGCGAGGGUUGCACACCUUUGAUGCAUGCUGUGUCAGGACGCCAGGUUGAUACAGUGAAGCUUCUGUUGAAGAUGGGAGCCAAUAUUAAUACUCAAGAUGCUUGUGGACGUACCAGCUUAUCUCUGGCAACUUAUCUGGGCUGGCUGGAAGGCUGUGUCAGCCUGCUCAGAAACGGUGCGAAGCAGAACAUACCCGACAAAAACGGGAGGCUGCCACUACACGCUGCCACCGCAGAGCCUGAUGUGAGGCUUCUGAACGUGCUUCUGCAGCAGUCAAAUCUGAGUGAAAUUAAUCAUCAGGACAAUGAGGGAAUGACUUCGCUCCACUGGGCUGCUUUCCACAACAGGCCCCAGCACACCCAGACUCUGCUGCACAAGGGAGCAGACCUGACCCUGGUGGACAAAGACUUCAAAACAGCUCUGCACUGGGCAGUACAGAGUGGCAACAGGAUUCUGUGUUCCAUCAUUCUGGACCACUACCAGGGACCAUCAAUAAUAAACUACGAUGACGAGAAUGGCAAAACAUGUAUGCACAUUGCUGCUGCUGCAGGCUACAGUGAUAUUAUCAGUGAGCUGGCUAAAGUCCCGGAGUGCAACCUGCAAGCCCUUGAUGUGGAUGACAGGACGCCCUUGCACUGGGCUGCAGCAGCAGGGAAAGCCGACUGUGUGCAGACACUGCUGGAUCUGGGGAUAGACAGCAGCCCUCGAGACAUCAAUGAAAACACCCCUCUGACAUACGCAAUGUACUGUGGGCACACAGCAUGCAUCAAGCUGCUGUCUCAGGAGAGCAGUAGACCUGAGCCAGUUCAUGAGUUUCCAUCCCAGAACAACAGACUCCUAAAGAAAGAAGGACGAUUCAGCAUGCUGAAUCACAUCUUCUCUUGCAAAAAGAAGAAAGAUGAGCAGAAAACCAGUCAGAAGGAGAGAAGCAGAGACCGAUAUCCUCGAGAAGAGACCUCAGAAGUAGACGACAUCAUCACCACUUUCGAUUGCAUUAUGGACACAAACUGCAAAGACAUUCCAGAUGAGUGUAUGACCACUGCUGACUUGAAAAGAAGGAGCACAGACAGAAAGUACCUCAUGCCAGAAAAGAAGCAACCAGAGUGUCAGGGACUUCUGCCCAUCAGAACCCAGAGCCUUCCCCCAAUCACUACAGGCAAUUCCUUCCUAACUGCUUCCCAGAGCACAACGUCAAGCUUCUCCUCCAGCACCAGCACCUACUAUCUUACACACAAGUCUCAAAAGAGUAGGAGUGAACACAACUUGCUGGACCACAGAAGCAACUGCCAGAGUUUGUUGGAUGCUCCCUGGAACACAGACUCUAACCAUCUACUCUCCUACAAAGUCUGUACUAGGACUCCUUCAGACAAACUGAUAAAUGGCUUAAACUCUGAUAGAUCUCACCAUGUGCUUUUGUGCCCUCCCCGCCUUCCCUCACUUCCCAGUUCUCCAUCAGGUAAAAAUUUUCAACAGAUGCCCAUAGAUGAACCCAAAAUAAAAAACCUUACUCCUGUACGGAACAGCCUAGCUCCCAUACCCAACCACUGUGCUCACAAAAUUCAGCUACCAUCUCAGGGUGCCAAGAAGUUUAAGUCCCUGCCUUUAAAUUCCCUAAGGACUGAUGCAGUUAUUCUCCCACCAGCCCCAACCUCCAGAUCCCAGAAAAGGGGACAUUCUCAGAGUCAUUUGCUCUAUUCUCUCUUGCCUGGACUAUCAGGAGAGCCUCUGAAACCAAGCUGUGUCCUACCUGCUAUCCCAUGCCAGAAGAAAUCUAACCCUGCAGAAGAGCUUGAGAGAUCUCUCACCAAACCAGACGCUGAAAAUUAACUCAUUACACUGGCCUCAAUCAGCUGAAAUAUAUCUAAGAGCUUGUUACAAGAUAAAUGUAAAGUAAAAUCUCAUUAAUUUGCACUAAUGAUGCUCUUGUUAACUGGAGUGUAAAUAAACAAAAACCAAGAGAGAGUAGCACAUCACAAAAGCGGCACUGUGUAUUUAUAUAGGCAUUUUCAUUACAGUUUUCAUUUAUGAUGAAAUUAUUAAAUCAAUAUUUAAUGUGUUGUAAGACUAUUUUGUGAAUGGAAUCCUCAUAAUGUGCAAUCUUGUUGCAGCAAUGUGCUGUUAAGCCUUUCACAGAAAACAGGAACAAAGAGUAAGAUCUUCUGCAUGAUUUAAAAGUCAGAAUUAGGGAAAUACAAAUUGACAGGGAUUCCCUGCAGUCUGUAAAUGCAAAGGUGCUGAUUCUG